GAGCUGGCAUGAUGACUGUUGCACCAAGUAAUGAUAAGGAGGGUCAAAUAUUUAUCUAACCUUGCUGACCAACUGCGCUAUAAAAGCUAGCGUCUGGUUAGCAUUAAGGCGCAUUUACAUUUGACUUACUAUGAGGAACUUCCUUUCUCAGCAAUCAGACAAUUUGUUGAAGAGGCUUCCUGAAAAGAUUGUGUGAUAUUAAAGCAAAAAACAUGAAGGGGUUAACUGAACUGAGAGAUGUGAAACCGGACUUGUUUUUUUUCAUUUCCGGGUCCUGUUGGAACCAGAGUGAACAGUUUGAGGCUUAGUUAAAGGAGUGAGUGGAAGAGACAAGCAACAUGAAGAGACAUAAGGUUCUCAGGGCAAUACCUCCACAUGCCCGACAUUUCCCACAUCUUCAGUGGUUAAUUGCAUUCUGCUUCACCAUUGGCCUGACAGAAUGCAUUCCACCCAAAAAGGAGUCAUGUGUGGUGCGAAACGGCCACGCAGACUGCAGCCACAUGAGCCUCAAUGAGAUCCCUCAGAAUCUGUCUCACAACAUUUCCAGCCUGGACAUAUCGCACAACCGGAUAGUGCGGAUCGCCCACCAGUGUCUCAAACCUUACCCUGAGCUAGUGCGUUUGGAUGCUAGCUUCAACAGUAUCAGCAAACUGGAUGAAAAGAUGUGCCAAGUACUGCCUUUUCUGCAGACGCUCAACCUGGAGAAGAACCAACUAGACCCAAAGACCCAAGAUCUCAGUCAGUGUAGGAACUUAGUGUGGCUCAACGUGGCGAGCAACAGGCUGAAGUUACAACAAGAGCCUUUCGCAGGACUUCAGAACCUGAAAUAUCUGGAUAUUUCCAACAACAACUUGAAGUCUGCUGCGCUCAGUAUGAAGCCACAUGUUUUAAGUCUGAAAUAUCUGGGCCUAAACCACAACAAUAUCAACAUUCUGAAGACUGAUGACUUUAACUUCCUCAAACAAUCUUCAUUACUAGUGCUCAACUUUUCAUCUGUACCACUGACAACAGUGGAACCUGGAAGCUUCAAAAACAUUGCAAGUCUCCGUACUCUAGUAUUAGAUGGCAGCAAAAUUGGAACUCCAGUUCUAUCAAAACUCUGCAUGGAGCUUUCAGGGUCUAACAUCGAAGCUCUUUCUCUCAAAAACAUGGAGCUAGCGUCCCUCGCCAAUAACACAUUCACAGGAUUGACAAACACCAAUUUAAGCAGCAUAGAUUUAUCCGGCAAUGAAUUGACUAAAAUAGAAAUAGGUUCCUUUUUGGGGCUACACAAACUUCAGUCUCUAAUUAUGUCUGAAAACAAGAUUAAACAACUAAAACAGGGCACAUUUGAAGGACUUCAAAGUUUAAAGAUGCUGAAUUUGACCCGAGCUCUUGACUCCAAACUUGCCUCUCACCCAAGUAUAGAGAACUUUGCCUUCCAGCAUCUGGGUGCUCUAGAGACUCUGAUAUUGCAAUCAUCUGCAGUUGGUGAAAUCACGCAGCAUACCUUUAGUGGUCUCACAAGUCUACAAGAUCUAGAUUUAAGUUGGACAAAAAUGUCCUCAAGUAAAGUCAUAACUAAUCUGACUUUUGCCUCACUUGCAGCAUCUCCUCUUGGGAAGUUAAACCUUAAAGCAACUGCUCUCAGACAAAUUCAUCUUGGAGCAUUCACGUUUUUAACCAAUCUCACAGAGUUACAUCUGGAAUCAAAUUACAUUACACAAACUCUGGCUGGUGACGAAUUUGAAGGACUUGGACAACUUGAAGAACUGUACUUGUUCAAAAACGAUAAAAUUACUUUGACUUCAUCUUCCUUCUUCCAUGUUCCAAACCUUAAGAUACUAAUGUUAGGUAAAAGUCUUAUUGGUACAACUCUAGACAUGGAACCUUCUCCAUUCAAGCCUCUGUCCAAACUAACUAUUCUUGAUCUAAGCAACAAUAACAUGGCAAACAUUCAGGAAACAUUGUUGGAAGGGCUGGUCAACUUGAAAGUGCUUUACCUCCAACAUAACAAUUUUGCUCGCUUGUGGAAGAGCGCUAAUGUUGGUGGGCCGGUAAUGUUCCUUAAAUUCACACCCAAUCUUGUAAAACUUGAAUUGGACAGCAAUGGUUUUGAUGAGAUUCCCGAAAACGGCCUGAAAGGAUUGUUCAACCUUACCCAAUUGAGUCUCUCCAGUAAUCUUCUAAAUAGCUUGAAAGAUGGUAUAUUUGAUGAUUUACAUUCAUUGCAAGAGUUAAAACUGCAAAAGAACAUGAUAACUUCAGUGACGCCUCAGGUAUUUCGGACUCCGGUGACCAACUUGAAGGUACUCAUCAUGGACAAGAACCCGUUUGAUUGUACAUGUGAAAGCAUCUUCUGGUUUCUCACUUGGCUUAAUAGCACCAAUGCCAGUGUACCAGAUCGUGGACAAGAGUACAUUUGCAAUACACCUCUAUCGUACUUCAACAAGUCCAUCAUGAAGUUUGAUACUUUUUCUUGCAAGGACACGACCCCAUUCCAGGCCCUGUACAUCUUGAGCAGCACUACUGUCCUCCUGCUGAUGGUUACGGCUCUUGUUGUGCGAUUCCAAGGAUGGAGGAUUCAGUUCUAUUGCAAUAUUCUAAUCAGUCGCACGUUAGGAUUGAGCGAUGCCAAAGCUGAAGAGGGGAGAUCCUUUGAGUUUGAUGCGUAUGUAAUCCAUGCAGAACAGGAUGCAGGUUGGGUGGAGAGAAGGAUGCUUCCGUUAGAGAAGCAGCAGUGCAGAUUCUGUUUGGAGGACAGAGAUUCAGUACCAGGAAUGUCACAGCUUGAGUCCAUUGUGGAUAACAUGAGACGGUCGAGAAAGAUCCUGUUUGUCGUUACAGACAAUCUCCUCAACGACCCCCAGUGUAGACGGUUCACAGUCCACCACGCCCUGCACCAAGUGAUAGAAGACAGCCGGGACUCUGUGAUUUUGGUCUUGCUGGAGGACAUUCAUGACUACAAACUGUCCCGGACCCUGUUUCUGCGCAGGGGGAUGCUCAGGCCCUGCUGUGUUGUGGAUUGGCCCCCCCAGAGAGAGAGGGUCCCUGCCUUUCACCAGAACCUGCUCAUUGCUUUGGGCAAGACGAACCACUGGCUCCAAUAACUUUUAAUAAUUAAAGGAAAAUAAUCACUUCAUUACUUCAAUUUUAAUAAUUAGCUGAUAAUACAGUUUAUUGGUUUGUGGAGACUCAAAGUUAUGCUGAAAAGGGACAAAUGUGUGAACUGAGGUAAAAUUUAUUUGUAUAACAUGAUUAUGCUUUUUUCAUUUUUUGGUGAUUUUUAGUUUAGUUAAGAUAUAUUUAAGAUUAAGAAUUUAAAUAAUGCAAGAUUUUGAAAUGUAUGAAGCCCAGUGGUAUGAAUGGGAAAAAUGUAUUAUUUUAUAAUGCUGCCAUCUAGUGGUACAUAUGGUAAAGUGUUACCUCUUUGACUAGCUGUUUAUUUUAUGUAUAUUAAAUGCUUCCAUGACCCAAAAAAAAAACAACUCAGAAAAUCUCGAGGAACAUAAGUAGAGUGUUUCAUGGUGACUGUUCCAGGAAUAAACAUGGAGAAUCAUUAUUUCCGUUUUAUGCAGCUAAAACCUGGAAUAGUCUUCUUGAAAAUGUGAGACAGACUUUGACAAUGUUUAAAUCCAGGCUCAAAACGGUUCUGUUCAGCUAUGUAUACGACUGAAAGGUUUUUAUUCUGCGCUCUUCUCUUUUAAUGUUCAUUUUGUGAUGAUUAUUUAUGUUUUGAUUUGUUUGUACUGUGAUUUUAAUGUUUUUCUUAUUCUGUAAAGUACUUUGAAUUACUUUGUGUAUGAAUUGUGCUCUACAAAUAAACUUGUCUUGCCUGUUUGAUU